UUGAAAACCAAGAUGAGCCCCACUCCAGCUGAGAAGUCCUUGAUGGACAUGGUCGUCCUGUUCCACAAAUACACCAAACCCGAUGACAAGAUUGACAAGCCAGGCCUGCUGAAGAUGCUGAAGGAGAAUUUCCCCAACUUCCUCAAGGCCUGUGAAGUAAAGGGCAAAAAUUACUUGUCCUCUAUCUUUGAGGACUCGGACAAGAAUGCAGAUAAGAAGAUCCAGUUCUCCGAGUUUCUGUCCGUGAUGGGCGGCAUUGCCAACGACUACCACGAGCAGAGCCACGGAGCGCCACCCUGCUCUGGGGGAAGGCAGUGA